AAUUGAUGAUCGGACACGCUGAUUUCAUUGUCUGGGAAGGCAGAGGAGACCCAGGAAAAAUCUCGCCGAAUCCGUCUGCCCCAGCGCUGGCCUGAUCUAGGAUCUCGUGAUCCCUCCCGUGACCGCACCACACCCGAGAUGAAUCUACGUUCUGUAUUUACUGUAGAACAACAAAGGAUUUUACAGCGUUAUUAUGAAAAUGGAAUGACAAAUCAAAGUAAAAAUUGCUUUCAGCUCAUAUUACAGUGUGCACAGGAGACUAAGCUGGACUUCAGUGUAGUCAGGACGUGGGUUGGCAAUAAGAGAAGAAAAAUGAGUAGUAAGAAUUCUGAAUCAGGAGCAACAACAGGAAGUGUUACCGGUACCUCUUUGACAACUCCAGACAUUACAGUCAGAAAUGUUGUUAAUAUUGCUCCAUCUUCAAGCCAACAGACCUCUUGGACAUCUGCCAAUAAUGAUGUCAUUGUAACUGGUAUAUACAGUCCAGCCAAUUCAUCCAGUAGACAAGGGACAACCAAACAUACAAAUACACAAAUUCCUGAAGCACAUAAAUUCCCUAUUCAGAAAACAACCAGUAAAAAUGAUACUGAGUUUCAGUUGCAUAUUCCUGUUCAAAGACAAGUAGCACACUGUAAAAAUGCUUCUCUGCUUUUAGGUGAAAAAACAAUUAUUUUGUCCAGACAGACAAGUGUGGUAAAUGCUGGAAACUCAGUAUACAAUCACACAAAAAAAAACUAUGGAAACUCUUCAAUGCAAGCUUCUGAAAUUACAGUACCUCAAAAGCCAUCUGUGUGUCACCGACCUUGCAAAAUUGAACCAGUUGGAAUUCAAAGGUCAUAUAAGCCUGAACACACAGGUAUAGCAUCACAUAACUUAUGUGGGCAAAAGCCACCUAGUAGAGACCCUUACUGUAGAACACAGAACUUGGAAAUUCGUGAAGUAUUUUCAUUAGCAGUUAGCGAUUACCCCCAGAGAAUUUUGGGAAGAAAUGCUUCACAGAAGUCUAGUUCAACAGAAGGAACUUGUUUGUCCAUUGCAAUGGAGACAGGUGAUGCUGAUGAUGAGUAUGCCAGAGAGGAGGAGUUGGCAUUGAUGGGAGCACAGAUACCAAGCUAUUCAAGAUUUUAUGAAAGUGGCAGCUCCCAACAAGCUGAGAACCAAAGUACAGCUUUGCCUGGACCAAGAAGAAAUAUGCCAAAUUCACAAAUGGUGAAUAUUAGAGACUUGUCAGACAAUGUAUUGUAUCAAAACAGAGACUACCAUUUGACACCACGGACCUCAUUACAUACAGCAUCUACUACAAUGUACAGUAAUGCAAAUUCAUCACGGAGUAAUUUUUCUCCACAUUUUUCAUCUUCAGGCCAAUUGAGAUUAUCACAAAACCAAAACAAUUAUCAGAUUUCAGGAAACCUUACUGUGCCUUGGAUUACAGGGUGUUCUAGAAAAAGAGCAUUACAAGAUCGCACUCAGUUCAGUGACCAAGACUUAACCACCCUUAAGAAAUACUGGGACAAUGGCAUGACCAGCCUUGGCUCUGUUUGCAGAGAGAAAAUCGAAGCAGUUGCAACUGAGUUAAAUGUUGACUGUGAAAUAGUUCGGACCUGGAUUGGGAAUCGAAGAAGGAAAUAUCGAUUAAUGGGGAUUGAAGUUCCACCUCCAAGAGGAGGCCCUGCUGACUUUUCUGAUCAGCCCGAGCCUGGUUCUCUGUCUGCACUCACACCAGUAGAAGAAACUGGUCCUGAAGGAGGAGAGGAUAAUGAAAGAAAUGAUGACAUAUCCAUCUGUUUGUCAGAAGGAAGCUCUCAAGAAGAGUCUACUGAAAUGGUUCCAAAUGAGGCAAGGGCUCAUAAGGAGGAGGACCACCAUGCAGUAUCCACAGAUAAUGUGAAAAUAGAAAUUAUUGAUGAUGAAGAAAGUGACAUGAUAAGUAAUUCUGAAGUUGAACAGGUGAAUUCUCUCCUGGAUUAUAAGAAUGAAGAAGUAAGAUUCAUUGAAAAUGAGCUAGAAAUUCAAAAGCAAAAGUACUUUAAGCUUCAGACAUUUGUUAGGAGCUUGAUACUAGCUAUGAAAGCUGACGAUAAGGAACAACAACAGGCGCUAUUGUCAGAUUUACCUCCUGAACUAGAAGAGAUGGAUUUCAGUCAUGCCUCGCCAGAGCCUGAUGAUACCUCAUUCAGUGUGUCUUCUUUAUCAGAGAAAAAUGCCUCAGACAGUUUGUGAUUUAAAGAAGAACAUGUGAUACAGCCUUUAGGCUCCUUACCAGGUGGCAUUUCAAGAUAACUGCAUAAUGUUGCCAUUAAAUUCUUCAGUUGAAAAUAUGUCGUUGAAACCAGUGUAUUUUGUGAAGGAUGGAUAAGAUAUAAUGGCUACAGUGCAAAAAAAUGUAUCUGAAAUUUAAAGGCAUUAUCUGAGAGUUUUUUGCAAACUGAUGGAAUUCUGGAAAAUAUUACAUUUAAUUUCGAGGAGUUUACCCAAGAAAUUAAUGUGUAAUUUCUAA